UUAAAAUGCGUCAGUUGCGAUGAUUUUGCACCCGAACACGGUACAACUCACCAAAAUCCACUACUACAAUGGCGAGAUACCGACAAUUUCGCGCGAAAUUUUCGACAAUUGUGUCAACAACAGUCACGUCAAAAUCGAAAAAAAUUGCUUCCGCCAACGCUGGAUUCUGAAAAUUAACGAAAUCCAAGGCGGCCGCGCCAAACUCCAGUGGCGCCUCGUUGUCGCAGUGUCGAUUUGUGUGCUUGUGGCAGUUGUUUUCGCGCUGUUUUUCGUCAAGCAGGCGAGUUUUGUCAAAAAUCAAACGCCUACUUUGACGCUUAACUACACCAAGAAUUUGAAUCUGGGGAAUUUCACAUUUUGUCACAACUGCACGUCAAGUGAGAUUUGUUUGAAACUAACGGAAGGGGAAACACCCAAGUGUUGCCAACCGGUGGAUGACAAAGACCCGACCGGGUGCGGGGGUUUUUGCUCGGUUGAUACGCAAUUUUGCCAACUGUUGGACGCUCAACACCGAAUUUACCAAUGUUCCAAUGUUACCAACACACUCAAAUGUCCCCAGGAUACGUUCAAUUGUGGCAACAUGUGCGUAAAUUUGACCAAACGUUGCGAUGGUUUUAUUCAUUGUCGCGACAAAACGGACGAAAUUAAGUGUGUUUGUGAUUUGGGGACGCAUUUUCAGUGCGGUAACGCCACGUCAUGUCUACCAAUUGCGAAAAAAUGCAACGGUUUGGUCGACUGUUGGGACAAAAGUGACGAAAUCGGGUGCCAAAAUGAUUGUCCCAAUGGAACCAUCCCAUGCCUUAACGGCGAUUGUAUAAUGAAAGAAAAUUUCUGCGACGGGACUUUCCACUGUUUGGACCGCUCAGAUGAGCCACAGGGGUGCCAACUCAAAUAAAACUCUCUUAAAAUUGUGUUUUAUUAAACCAAAUCUUCACAAUAAUCGGAGAAAAAGUCCAAUAAAAACGUAAAAUCUGACACA